AUGUCUACAGGAAAGGCGGUCAACCGACCGGUUGAUGUGAAGCAGAAGGAGGCCGAUGUCAACAACAAGCUCCAGCUUUACGGGAUCUUCCAAGCAUUCGCCAAUGGAAAAGUUCCUUCCAACAAGCAGAUUGAUAUUGCGCUCAACUCAGCACUGGCAUCGAAACCCCUUAGCUCACCAUCUAAAAAGCUCUCAACCGAGGGUCAACAGCUUGUUGGCGAUCUGAGGAAAGUCAUCGAGCAAGCCAAGAUCUUGCUUCUCACCAAGAACGAGGGAAACCUUCUCCAGGACUUCAUCUGGAACGCCGAGCAGAUCUCUGGUGGAAACCAAGCGCUUCCUGGCGCACCUGUCGACAAGGGCACCGCAAAGCAGCACGGUAACGAGGCGCUUGAUGGCCUGCGAACAUUGGGUACAUUAUUGAUCUCCAACGGCCAAUUCAGAAAGCUCAUUUCCGAUGCUACUACCCUACUCCGCGACAUCGCUGGAGAUGCCGCCCAGAACACGGCCAAUAAGGUCAAGCCCUCGGAAGAGGAACUCAACCAGAUGGACAAGCCCGCUGAUGACAACACCUGGCACGAAAACCCCGACAUGUCCAAGGGUAACCUCAAGGAGACGCUGAGGCAGAAAGUGCCCAUCGGCAAGCAGGACGUCAAGAAAGCUGCUGGUGACGCGAACCAGGCUGCCCACCCCGACGGUUCCCGCGAUCCCCGAGACACUGCCCAUCUUGGUGCCCACGAGGGUCAGACUGGCAACAAUACCGGCUUGAACGCACAGGGCGGUCUUGAGCAAGGCAAGCAGCAAUUGGCGGAUAAAAUCCCCGAGGAGGACAAGGACAAGGCCCGCGCUCGCCGUGAUCAGUUGAAUAACUACCUGAAGGGCAAAAUGCCCCAAGAGCGUCGCGAGCAGACCAUCUGGCGUCUAAAGAAGAUGAUUGUCGAGAUCCAGGGCCACCAGGACUACCAGCGUGCGAUUGAGACCCUUCUUAACCUGGCUGAGCAGUAUGCCGGUCACGGCAAAAACCUUGGCCAGCAGAGUGCUGGAACCGUGCAAGGUGCGCACCAAGAGGAUGACGCUCUGACUCGUGCUGAGGCUGACAUCAAGACCCUCCUCGAGCGCUUCGCCAACAGCACUUCUUCGGACGACCUUAUCGACUCUAUCAACCAGAUCUACAAGGACGCUGAUAAUGACCCGGAGCUCAAGGGUUGGUUCAGGCACUUGAACCAGUACAUCCACAAGUGCUUGCAACAGCAAGGCUACAUUCUUGAGGACCGCUCUACUGAGGAGUGGAACCGCAUCUACGACCAGGGUCAUGAGCUCCUGCGUGGUCGCUACCGUGGCCAUACUGACCGAAUUGCCGAUGAGUUCAAGUUCAUCGGUCAGCAGUUUGAUGCGGAUGAGCAGAACAGACAGUUCGGACAGUCUGUCAACAAGCUCUUCCUCGAUCUCGGCAACGACGAGAAUGGCAAGACCACGUUCAAGCCUCACCUUGUCAAGGAUCUGACUGACGUCAUUCUUCCUGGUCUUUUCGAGAGCGUGCAAUACGUCCCUAUCCCUCGUAUCGAGUACAGCGACCCUAUGGUUGAUGCCAUUGUUGAGAACUUGGUCAUCGAGAGCGACAACCUUGCUCCUAACAUCAUGGAGUUUGGUUCCGACAACUACUGGCGUUGGGGACGCAAGUCAAUCACCAACAAGAACAAGAACAAGGUGAUGCUCUCAGUCUCCGGUGUGCAGAUGGAUCUCCGCGAUGUGUCAUACUACCUCAAAAAGAAGCAGGGCUUCCCUUCUAUCACCGACAAGGGUGUUAUGGACAUAUUCAUGGGAGGAUCAGGUUUCAGCUUUAAGGUCGAGCUCGAGACUGCUGACAAGGCUCGCGAGCACGCCCAGACUCACUUCUUCAAGGUUACCAAGGUGGAGACUGAUAUCCAGAACUUGUCUGUCAAGGUCAAGAAGAGCAACCACAAGCUGCUCUUCAGCAUGUUCAAGCCUUUGUUGCUCAAAGUCAUGCGCCCUGUCAUUCAGAAGGUCCUGGAAAAGCAGAUCAAGGACUCUGUCAACCAGCUUGACGGCAUGCUCUACGACAUCAAGAAGGAGGCCGACCGUGCCGAGGCUGAGGCCAAGCGCAACCCCGACCCCGAGCACCUCCAGAACAUGUACCAGCGCUACGCUUCUGCCGCGCAGAGCCGUGUCAUGCAGGGCAAGCAGAAGAAGGAGCAGCUGAAGGAGAAGACCAAAGACACCCAGGUCAACGUCGCUGUCACUCAGCACGACUCCAUCUUCAAGAACAUAUCUCUGCCCGGUGGUAUCUCCACCAAGGCCACCGAGUACAAAGAAUUGGCUGCCAAGGGUGAUAAGUGGGAGAGUCCCAUCUUCUCCAUUGGUUCCGCCCGCGAGACAUCCAGCCUCCCCCAGAUUGCUAAGGUUACGCGUAAGCCUCAUGGACGCUCUGGUGGCUAUGCUCCUACCGGCACAUCCACCGGUACUGGCUCUGGUCUCGGCUCUUCUGGACGUGUUCUUGACUCCCAGUACGACAGUGCUGGUGCUGGUUACGGUAACCAGGGCUUGUCUUCUGGUCAGGGUCUUGGUGCUGGAGCCGGCCUCGCUGCUGGAUCCGGACUUGCUGCCAGCCAGGGGCUGCCCGACCGCUCUGGCCUUGGCCACCAGUCUGGUCAAAUUGGCUCAGGACCUGGUGACUCUGGCCUUGCUCACGGACACCACACUGGUGCACAGUCCGGUCAGCUUGGCGACUACCCUCAGGGACUCAACCAGCAGCAGCUUGGUGGUACUGGCGAAGGUCUUUACAACACCCAGCACUCCUCUACCCAUCCCAACGUCACUGGUGGUCAGUUUGCCAACCAGGUCGACAACGCCUUCAACACCGCUACCGGUCACGGCAGCGGUGGCGGUGUCGCAUCUACCACCGGCCCUGGCGCCCCUGUCCAGGGUGACAGCCAGUUCCACACCACUUUCGGUGACCAGAACCCAGUAUUCCAGGGUCGCGCUUAA